AUGGUUAAUGUUAAAGUCGCCGCCAUCGGUACCGUUCUUGCGCUUGCGCACGGCGCCACAGCGGUCUGCAGUGGCUUCAACUUCGCCAUCGGUAAUGUUCAACGCCUGGAUGCCAGGACCAACAGAUGGUUCGUCUACAAUACCGACUGCAAGCAGGUCGAUGGGUUAACUAUCUCCUCAUCCGACAACCCUUGUAACCACGGAAUCUUUGGCUGCUCUCCCCCUCCCAUCUUGUUCAACCAGUACACCAACUCCUUCAGUGGUCUGAGGUAUGCUUGCCGCCAAGAUAAGAGCUCUGGAAAGUGUGGAAAUGAUAUUAUUUCCGUCUGCUGCCGAAACGAUGGAAAUUAG